AUGGACUCAAGCAACCUCACUGAGUUUGUUCUUGAGGGGUUAGUAGAGACCAGGGAACUGCAAGUCUUUUUGUGUAUCUUCCUCUUGAUCUUCUAUGUCAUCAUUCUUCCUGGGAACAUUCUCAUCAUUGUGACUAUUUUGAAAGACCCCCAACUAGGAGCUCCCAUGUUUUUCUUCUUGGCCAACCUGGCUUUGAUGGACAUUUGCUACAGCUGUGUCACCCCUCCAAAGAUGAUAAUCAACCUCUUCUCUGGAUGCCAAACCAUCUCAUACAAAGGUUGCAUGAUACAGGUUUUUUUCAUCCACUUUCUAGGUGGAGCUGAGGCCUUUCUCCUUAUUUCCAUGUCAAUUGAUAGAUAUGUGGCCAUUUGUCACCCAUUGCAUUAUGUAACUGUAAUCACCAAGCCAGCCUGCUGGGUUUUGGUGAUGGCUUCAUGGGCUGGAGGAUUCACACAUUCUAUAAUCCAGAUUAUUCUAAUCUUCCCACUCCCUUUCUGUGGUCCCAAUAAACUGGACAACUAUUUCUGUGAUGUGACCCAAAUAAUCAGGUUGGCUUGCACCAACACCUACAGUCUAGAAUUUGCUAUGUUUAUCAACAGCGGCCUUAUAAAUGCUGGAUGCUUUGUCCUCCUUCUCAUUUCCUAUGGGGCACUCCUGAUCAAAGUGAGGACAGGUGUCAGCCAAGGGAAGACCAAA